GUGCGCAAUACACACGCACACGACACGAGCCCUCUUCCACAGUCUACAUAGAGACAGUGCGGUACAGCAGUACAUACAUAUAAUCAGUGCUUCACACAUUCUGCCGAUCGCCAUUGAAGCGUUCGCUUCAAACCUCCGAUCACUCUCUCUCUCUCUCUAUCUCUCUCUCUUCCAUUCAUCCAACAAUGGCUACUCACGAUCGCAUCAACACUGUUGCCCCAGACGAAGAAGCAAUCGAGCUCGAAGCCAUGCGCAAAGACGACUCCUCUUGGCACCCUUGCCAGGUCUCUCUGAGCUCUAGUGGAGUUGGUCUUAUUGUGGACUAUGGGAACACUGACUCAGAAGAUAUUAUAGUGAAUGAAGAAGAAGCAAUUGCACGUCUGCGCAUUCGUUCUAUCCCUCUACACGGUGAUGAUUGUGUUCACAUUGAGGAAGGUGAGCAUAUUCUUGCCACCCAAAAGUCACAAUCUAAGAGCCUCUUCUUUGACGCCAAGGUAGAAAAGGUAACUUUUUGGACAGUAGACCGGCAAAUUCAAUUGUUUCACUUGGUAAUUGGCAGCAUCAUUGUGAAUGCAGUACUGGACCUGUUUCACAAUAAGAGCUAUUAUGCACUAAGAGUAAGACAUUCAAAGAAGAUCUAUUGUAGAUGUAAUUUCAUAAUCAAGUGGCUUCACCAAGACCGUGGAGGAACUUUGACUGUCCCCUCUAGUUCAAUCAAGAAACUGGCUACAACAGGAAUCAAUGUGAAUCCAACUAUUUGUGCAUUCUUGAAUACACUGAAAAACUUGAGUUGCUCCAGUACACCUCCAUUACCAACCAUCGUAGAAGACAUAGAUUGCGAAAUGGAUCUACACAAAUUGCUGGAGAAACAGAUAGAGGAGAUCAGUAAUUCAGCUGAUGUUUCCAAGAAGAGAAUUUCAGACAACAUUCUGUUUGGUGUUGAGGUUGAUAACAAAGGACAAAUUCAGUGUAGAGCAGUUGCUGGAUCCAAAGUAAGCAAGUCGCAUGUUCAAGUUCCUCCUGAUCAGAAUCACUUGAAGAGGACUACUCGGAGCACGAAAAAACUGCAAAUGGAAAUGGAAGUGAAGGAUCCACCACCAUCUGCUCCAUCCAUUCAAGAGUUAUCAGAAAGCAGGUCUCCAUUGAAUCCUCUGGCGGCUCGCGCUGCCCUUGCAUCAUUAAUGUCAAAAAUGCCUCAAAACCUUGAAGUUUCAUUCUACCGUGAGGAGAAAUUGGACUACACCUAUUCACUGAAUGGGACUAAAUUGUACAAAUCUCCUACUAGGAAUAGUUUUUCUCUGACCGAUAAGCUCCCUCUGCAAGCAGAAGCUACUUCAGUUCCAUUUGAUCCAGACAUUAAUAGUGCUUCAGGAAAGCCUCAACUUAUGAAUGCCUCUUCGGGAAUAUUGACCAUGGAGAGGGAAAGUGAAGACAAAACCUCAGAAAUCCAUGAUUCUAGGGAAAGUUUUACCUGUUCAGUAGCCAAAAGGAAAUUAAUCCCGCCUCCUAAAGCAACUAAUCUAACUGAUUCUGUGAUAGAGAAAGGUGCUGGAAUUCCAGAUCGCACUAUUGAGAGGAAGACCUGUGUUGAACAGAAGUUACAGUCUUCAACAAAUCCAAGAAGGUUCACUCGUUCAGCAGUUGGUAAAGUUAAAGAAGCUCAAACUAUGGAAGCUAAACAAGGAAUGGAAGAUUAUAAAUCGGGUAAAUUUGCUGACUCAGGUUCUGUUGUUCAAAACAUUGCAGUCCUAGAAAGCCAAGCAUUGAAGGAUGAGAAAUUGGCCACUUCCCGAAAUGAUUCUGCGGUCAAGUUGCUCUCUACUGAGGAUAGGAAUAGCCUAGGAAAAGAAGAGGAAGGGAAUAAGAAGCAUGUAGUUGAGAGGAAGACCCGUGCCGGGUUAAGGAAUUCAACUAGCCAGAGCAGCUUGACUCAUUCAGCAGUACAUGAGGAGAAAGGGAAUAAAACUACAAAAGCUACAGAUGAAUUGGAAGAUGAUAAGUUAGCCCAAAAUACAAGGUCAAACUCCUCCAAGGAAAAUGUCACUGCCUGCAAGAGCACUGUAGUAAAAACAACAGAAUGGACCUCUUCACCACUUGAGGCUGAGGGUGACUUACCCCUUAUUGACAAAAGACAUAAUAGAGGGAAGAUGUCCAGUGCUGUCAAGACUACUCAAAAAACUGAAGGCAAAGUUGCGGGCAAUGGUGAAAGUUGUAGAAGCCUGAAGAGGAAAAGUACUACUUCAAAGAGUCAGGAAUCGCGAUUUUCUGCCCGACUUCGGUUUUCCCCUCGGACUCGCUCACAGCACAACUCUUAGCCUGGGAAGGAAGGAUAGGAGCAUGAUAGGACUUCUAAUCUUUUUUGCUUUUGAUGCCGUCUUGCUUCACAUGUUCUCAAGUAUGAAAAAGGAAUCAAGGUGAAAACAAUUUUCGCUUUGCUAGAAUUCCUGUAAAAUCAUGAACACUGUAGUAUAAAAUCGUAAAACAUUGUCUAAGCAUGAAUAUGAGAUGAAUAUAUGGAUAUAAAGUUUAAGGGGUUCUCUUUGACCCUACAACCUGUCUAUUGUUUUUCCACAACUUCUUGUCAGUUAUAUCAUGGAAGUGGAAGCUAUGGAUAGGAUUUCCUCUGAUCUGUAUGACAUUCUGUUAGUGAUUAAGCAUUAGGAGUAUUGCAUUAUUGAAUGAGCAUCCAAGUA